UCCGGUGAAUUUCUGCCCUACUCUCUGCAUCACUAGAACUUAGAUGACUAGUUGUUCUCCUCUUCCUUUUGCUGAGAGGGCAAGCAAACAAUAAUCCAUCGUCGCUGUCGACUCAGAACGCCAGUAUUUGGCAAAAGGCCCCUUUUGGCUUUUCAUGGAAGUUUUUUCAAUUCAAUGGGGUUUGGAAAGGCAACCCAGGGACACCAGUUCCUGUACCUUGCCUUUUCAGGCCAGGGGACUCUGGAAAAACACAAGUAUAGAGGCACCAGACUAGGAAGGAUCAUCCCAUUGUACACUGGCAGCAGCUGCAGCAAAAGGCACGGAUUGGAUUUGGACAUUAUCUAAGGACUCUUUCUAUACUGCCUGCACAUUUGUAUAACUGAGAUGUUCUCAGAAUCCCAUCGUCAUGGAACCAACAGUAAUACUGGAAAAAGCAAUAAAGGAAUUCUUGUAUCAAACAGAAUGUCAUGGACACGCUUGGAUGAAGAUCUUCCAGCUCCAAAAGCAGCAGUAGACAAUCCCGAUUCUACUCCACAACUUGUGGAUCCAAAAGAAGAAAAUAUUUGCAACUGGAUGGAUUCUGGUUUCUACUUAUCUGCAAGCAAAGAUUUGCAAAAAAGCAGAGAACAAGCAGCUCUUUCACCUCCCACUGGAAUGAUACAAAUGACUGUGCAAAACUACAUGCGAUCUCUCCAUCGGUUUUCAGAAAUGCCUGUCCUCUCAAGGUGGAACAAUGUCAGCUCAUCCCAUUCUCUCCCCAGUGCUCCAAAAAGUGUCACUGAAUGGUUGGAUCUCUGGGAAAAGGAUCCAGUUGAGAUUUUGCUGGAUUUAGGAUUUGGUACAGAUGAACCUGAUAUCUGCACUAAAAUCCCUUCUCGCUUCAUCAGUUGUGCAUCUAUGGCUAAAGGAAUCAACAUCCGAGUCUUCAUAGAAGCUCAAAGACAGCGCAUGGAUGUAGAGAGCCCCAAUUUAUGUGGGCGUUUUCGACAAUUGCAAGUCCUGGAUCAUGUAACGAGUGCCUUUUCUUCUUUGCUGAGUGACAUCAACACUAUGCAGCAGAAGUCGGAAGAGAGAAAUGGAAAGGAAACGGGCACCGCAGGCACUUCCAAGGGCAGAGUUGUGGUCACACAGGCAAAGCGGAAGAGACUAGGUCAGCUCUUGAAAAAAGCAUCUAGACAGACAACUUUGCAUGGCCCUCAAGCUUAUCGACACGCUGGCACAUGCAAGACCAAAGAAGACCUCUCUUUUGCUGUUGACAUGGACAAAUGCUUAGCAGCUAGGGCUGGCCUGUCUGAAAGUAUUACCUUGGUUUCUCUAAAAGAGGAGCAGUUUCCAAGCGAGGAGGAAGCAAUGGCUAUCACCCAACUUCCACAAUUCAUAGCAAGCAAGACUCGGUUAUUGCCUUAUCUGCCUAUCAAACAGGUCCACCUUCCUUCCACUUCUGAGAUACCUAUAAAAGACAGAGCACGGAAGGAACCUAAUUUGCUUGUGACCCAUAUGCUCAGGAAGGUAUCUGGUUUAAACUGCAAGCCUACAGAUUCCUUUGAAAUGGAAGAGAUCCAGAGCUUUGAGGAUGAAUCUUCAUGGGGAAAUCCUCUUGAAAGCACUUCAGCUAUGAUCGUGACAAGAACAAACAGUUGCCAGUCUGACAGCAGCGGAUUUCUAGAAGACUCUUCAGAGCCCUUACCUCUACAGGUCCCAUCUUUGCCUGGAAACUUGAGACUUGGCUGCAGUUCUCAUGACAGUCAAGCAUUUCUGAGACACAGUAAAGAUUCAGUUCUGACUAGCCAGGAUUUUCAGUUCCAUAUAGAGGGCCCUGUUGCCAGCGCUACCUUAACAGGAGAUAGUAGCACUGUUUUAUUAUCACCCAGUUUGAGCAGAGAACAUACCUUUCAGGGGGAGGAAAUCUUUUAUUCCAUAAACGAAGAAGAUGAUCUGCAGGAGAGCUUCAGUGGCCCAUCUGAAGUUGCCGCCAGUGAAACAGUACAUGAGAUCGAUGAGGAGGAUGAGAUUCAAAGUGGAAGAGGAGAACUGGAGAAAGAAGGUAGUUGUGUACAAGACUGUGUUUCAUGCUGUAAUAGUGUCGAUGUGGAUCCAGCUGAUAAUAGUCAUUCAGAAAGGAGCUGCCUCCCAUACUGUAGUGAAAUGCACAAAAAUGUAGGGUCUGUUUCCAAUGAGGAAAGUUUCAUGGCUUCUAUCAGACUCAGUGAUGGUCAAAUCUCUGAGGAUAGGAAAGAAAUGGAGGAACCUUUGACUGAAGAAGAAACUGUAUGUAAAGAUGUUCUGGAAGGUAUUGCAGAAUGUGUGGAAGGACAGUGGUGUGAUAUGAAUGCUUACAGGAAGUUGGAUCCCCCCAUUCCAGUCACAGAAGUUGUAAGUGGUUGUAAGGAUUCUUCCAAACUGGAUGUUGAUUUAAAUAGUGGCGGUAGACCUCUGGAUGUUACUAGGGUAUCAGAAACUAAGCAUAAAGUUGUAGCUACACAUCAUGGCUCCAGUGUUAUUUCAAGAAGUCCUCUUCAGGAUACUAGCUUUUCUCCUUAUUGCUUUGAAAGAAGAGGAUUUCACUCCUUAGAUAUAUUAUCAGCAGGCACAGAACUGGACAGAGAUGAAAGUGUCCCUGGCUUUGGAAUGAACGCUAAAUCUUUUAAAUCUGUAACUGUCCAGAUGCCUUCAAGACUGGUGUCAAAUAUUCAGAACAUCUCCUUGGGUGAAGCUACGCUGACAGGCCAGUCGAUGGAUUUUACAUCCAAAGUGUCCCAACAUUCUGAGGAUGAGCCUCUCAUUACUUCAGUACUGGGUGCUUCAAAGGAAGAAGAUAAGCAAAUGAAGGAGGCAUCUAUUCAAACUGACAGGAGCCAAAGAAAGAGAGAGACUCUCCCCCUGUUUCAUGUUCUUCCUUCAUUUUAUGGGCAUAGCCAUCUUGUGAAAUCAGCUUCUCUAGAUACGGGACUUUAUGGAAAAUACAAAGCUCCCUGCCAUGAACCUUUUCAUAUUUGGUGUGCCCAGCACAGAGGGCACUGCUGUCCUUCGAGCUGUCCUUCAAGCUGUCCUUCGAGCUCCCACCACUGCUGUUUGCUGUGGCCUUUACCAUUAGCUCCGUCAUGCAAAUAUCCAGUGGCAUGUUGCUCGUCUCACACCACCAUCGAGCUGCAGCUUCUGAAAACACUGAAGCUCCUGCAGGACACAGCAAUAAGAAAUAUUUCUUCUUGCACAGUCCAUGAAAUCGAAGUUAUGAGAAAUUCAUGCCAAAGAUUUCGAGAACGUCUGGAUGAGAUUGAACAGAACCUGAUAGAACAAGAGGCUCUCUUUUCCAGCAGGAUGUCGGAUGAAGGACGAGAGGAAAGAAGACGGCUGCAGAUUUUGCGGCAAGCAGUUCGUCAAGAGGUUGCUGAAUUGGAAUGCCAGCUACAGGAUCGUACUCGCCAGGUUAGAGAGGGAAUUCUAAUGCAGCUGGAUCAGUUGUUAGCUGAACAGUCUAAUCUAUGCUCAGAACUUGGCAUUUCUGACUGGAGGGAAGAAAGAGACAGUCAGAAUGGAGCCAGGCUUCCGGAUGCUUCCUUCCCCAGGGCUGGGUGUUCCAGGCGUAUCCAUCACAGGCUUCCAAGCAGGAGUGCGACGGCCCCAUCAAGCCCCUCCGCUUCCUUACUCAGAAAAUCAGAGCUGCAUGCCUCAGCAUUGGCAACAGGCAAGACCAGUUCUACAGCAGACCCCAAGGAAAGUCACAACAAUAAAAAGGAAACAAAAGGUUCUCCUCAGCCAAAAUUAGACUUCAAGGCCUUUAUACAGAAUAGCAAGACUGGAAUCUGCAUUCUCAGAGGAGAAUGUCGGUGCAUGGGAGCUGGGCAAAGGAUGUAGUCAAAUCCUUAACAAAAAGAGUGUCCUUUCACUCUGAAGAAAUCUUUCCGAAAUUCUUUCAAUAACGAUGCAGCAGAAGGAAGAGACUGAUGGAAGACAUGUCUUUUGUGGUGACAUUAUCCUGUAAGAGAUCUUUUAAAGCAUCUUACAGCAAUCAGCUGCUCUUAUGGGAAUGAAAAUUCCCCAUAAAACAUGCUUUUAUGACAGAAUAUAUGAAAAGGAAAGGGACACUGAGUAUAUGUGUCUGUGGAAAAAAAGCCAUGAGGAAGGAUUUGGAUUAUAAGGAUAUGGACAAGUUGAGCUAUGUGUACUGAACAAGCCAUUUUAAGAGGUGAACUCUAUGGCAGGCUUUAUCUAGACUGCUGUUUUGUUAGAAUUAGCAGAAUUUUGGUCUUCUUUACGUCCAAUACUUACAAGACCGGUGCCAGGAAGAAAGCGCUUAGCCAUUGUGUGGCCUCCUUCAUUAAGUAGCCACUUGAUUUCCUGCAGUUAGCUGCCAUCUACUGGUAAGAAUUAAAAUAGUUGAGACAAUUAAUUAAUCAAUGUAUUUUUUACAUUUAUAUCCUACCCUUCCUCCAAAGAGCUCAGGGUGGUGCAUAAGAAUUCUUCUCCUCCCAGCUGUUGGAAUUAGCCAUUGGGUUCUACUGAGUGUUUGUGUGUCCAUCCAUCCAUGUGUCCUGGGCUGCUGACCUUUAGUGAUCUAUUUCUCAAAUAAUACUUUACAACAGUACAAUACUGUACUUCAGAGUUUUAGGCUUUCAAUAAUAUACGUAGCUAUUGUGACCAUGAGGAAAUUAUCAGCACCAAUAUAAUAAAACAAUACAAAUGUCUUGCAUAUACAGCCAGCCAGAGACGUACUGCCCUUCCCGCAUUGUUGGUUCAUAAUUAGCCCUGUAAUCCUUGAGAGAACUGGACAUUUUCAGUACUUCUUUUUUAAAAACUGACUUGAAUGCAUAAGGAAAAAUAAUUCAGCUGGAGAGAUUUAUUUGGGUGGAAUUAGCAUGACUUGCAUAGGUGUGGCUUCCCAUUUGGGUGACAACAAAAGGCAGGGUUGGUGCCCAAAGUUGCCUCUGCUACACACCCACUGAGUUCCACACCUGGGCACAGUCCUUUCCCACACAGUUCUUUUCUGGUUGGUGACCCAUCAAGGUGGUCUUCAUCCACCCCUAUUUUUUUUUCAUUUUUUAAAAAGUUCAUUUUUUUAUUUUUGCAGGGGGCAGCUGAAGGGUUUUAAAAAGAAAUUAAGGUGCUUUGGUGGCAUAUCACCAGCAUAGCAGCUAACGCUCAUUAAUUACGGGGGCAUGACUAGAUAGCAGAACAGAAGCAACACAUACCAUAUCUUCACACUGUGGAGUCUCUAGUGACCAUGUAUGGGGAGCUUUGAAGCUAAAUGUUUUUUAAAAGCCACAGCAGCAGGUGGUAUGGCAGCAUGACCAUAUAAACCAUUGUCUUAACAUCUUUCAGUUUCCACUGUUUCCACUAUUUUUGGUCUUCUUUGCAGAGCAUCCAUGGAGCCCGCUGCAUGCAAAGCCAGCAUAGACAGAGGAUGGGAAUUGGAAAGGAAAUGGUGGGUGGCAUAUUGAGAGGGGAGGGAAACCUUGGAAACGAUUACCACAAUCAUUCACAAUGGAUAAACAAACAUGAAUGGGGCAAUUGUGGGCAAACUGUGGGAGGAAAUGUAGUGUUUGUGUGUGGACAGUCUGCACUGAGUCCGCAUAGGAUUAAUAAUGAGAAUCCACAAAACCUCCCACAUUUUAGCCCUUCAUCUCGAAAGGCUUCUUGGUGACAGCAGCAGUCCCCUCAGCAGAUUUUGACCACUGUUCUUUCCCACCAAACUGCCCCCAACAUGGUAUCAUUCCAGGGCAUUACAGGAAAAAAGGCAGGCCUAACUAAUAAGAAUGGCUGACAUGAUGAGGAAAAUUACUCAAAGUAGCCCCACUGAAAUUAAAAGGACAAGUUAGGCAUUGUUAGUUUCAGUGGGACUACUCUGAGUAAUUUCCCUCACCAUGUUAGCCACCAUAGUUAUGUGCUGGCUAAUGCUGGCUUAACACUGACGUGCCUUGUGGUGAAUUUCACUCAUAACAAAUAACAGCUUAUCAGUGAAAGUCAAACAUAUAGUUUACACAAUCAAGUCUGGUUGAUAACAAAGUAGAGGCUUAAGCAACGUGUUUGCCUUCUUUUUCUGUCAGAGACCUAGAAGACUAAUAUAUCCCUAUUUAAAAUGUGCAAAAUAUAUCUUAUUUGGAGAGGAGUGUACUGUUUGCCUGUGUAACUAGAUAUAACCUAACAGCAGAGUUGGAUUGUUUUACCAAUAAAAGCCUCUGUGCAAUGGA